AUGUCGAAUCCCGAAGCCGUAGCUACACAAGCAGCCCACCAGGCUCUCAUAGAGCAGCUGGACAUCCAUUCCAUCCACAAGACCUUCCGCAACCCACACUGGAGACCCAACCAGCGCCGCAACAAGAACAUCAAGACGAUCCUCGGUGACGCCUCCCGCAAGGAAGCCUCCGUGCUCGCCACACCGCAGGACGACAGCGGCGCCGCCACGCCCACUAACGACGACGGGCUCUCCACCUCGGGAACUUCCACGCCGGCCGCGCCCUCGGGCAGCCUGCAGCCGAACCUGGCGCAGGCGUCGCGCAGCCUGUCGAAGCUGGUGCUGGAGAAGAGCCUGGGUGCGGGGCGGGCCGCUGCAAUCACUGCCAAUGCCAACGCCAACGCCGGCAUGGGGAUGUCGACGGCGCCGAGCGCGACGUACACCAACAUCGAGAGCGCGCCGAGCCUCGCGCACUCGAGGCGCUACUGCGACGUCACGGGCCUGCCGGCGCCGUACGUGGACCCCAAGACGAGGAUGCGGUAUCACGAUCGGGAGGUGUUUGCCAUGAUACGGGGCCUGACGCAGGGCGUCGGGGAGCAGUUCCUAGAGGCCAGGGGGGCGCAUACCGUGCUCAAGUGA